ACCCCCACUCCCGCCCUCCUCUCUCUGUGGCUUGGAACGCGCAACCAACCGUCUCAAAUGGCAACUCUCGGCUUCAAUUCCCCUGGAAUCCGAAACCCCGUAGCGCCCAUCAUCUCCCGCGCGCUCGUCUCCCUCUCCAAGACCCUCUCCAUCCCGCCCUCCACGUUCCCUUCCUCCAAGGCCAGAGCGUACCGGCACCGGCAUCGGCGUCGGCCCCUCAAUCCUCGCCCCAACUCCAUCUCCGAGAGCUCCGUCUCGCCGCCGGCUUCUUCGAAGGAGGAGGAAGAAGAAUCUGGCUUGGAAGAGGAGGAGGAGGUGGAUCCGCGUGUGGAGGUGCGGUACCUGGACCCGGGGAUGGAGGCCGGGAGCAUCGGGGAGUGGCAACUGGACUUUUGCUCCCGGCCCAUCCUGGACGAGCGGGGAAAGAAGGUGUGGGAGCUGGUGGUGUGCGACGGCACCCUCUCCCUGCAGUACACCCGCUUCUUCCCCAACAACGUCAUCAACAGCGUCACCCUUAGGGACGCCAUCGCCUCCAUCAGCGCCUCGCUCGGCGUCCCCUUGCCCCAGAAGAUCCGCUUCUUCAGGUCGCAGAUGCAGACGAUUAUUACGAAAGCCUGUAAUGAGCUGGGCAUAAAAGCAGUUCCUAGUAAACGGGUGCGCAACCUCCCUCCUUCCUUCCAGCUCGCUUGUGUUUAUCUCCUUCUUGUUUUUAGUAAUAAUUAUCAUUUGUGAUGGGGCCAUAUCUUU